AUGCACAGAGAUGUACUGAGGUUUCUGUGCAAGACCUCCACGAAGCAGAGGUCACCCUAUUCGGUCUUCGCCAGGGAGUUCUUCCGGGAGAACAGAUUCAGAUAUGAAAGCUACGUGCUGCUUGCAAAGGCCAUGGUAGAGGAAUGGGGCAAGAUGCAAGCAGAAGAGAAGAGCGUGUAUGUGGAGAAGUGCAACAAGGAUCUCCAGACCAUCGGCAAGUCUCCAGACGGUGACGAGAAUAAACCGUCUGAUGAUUUGGAUUCGAUGAAGAAACUAAGAAAAUAUGCCCAGAGCGGGUAUACACAUCGCUGGGAGUAUUCCGGGUAUCUCUUCUUUGUAAGCGAGAUCUUCGAUAUCUGCUGCGACAUGAACGUGUCCCCGGAGGAGAAUGUCCGUAUGUUUGCCGAGAUGUGGAACCAGCUGGAUAACGAAACGCAAACCAAGUGUAGAAACAGUGCCCUGAGCCUGUGGGCUGAAAGAAACAGAGAGAGGAUUGAGAUGUAUGGGGCGCAUUCUAGAAAAAGGAUAAUUGUAAAAGACCCACGACCCCAGAGGGACUCGAACCCUCAGCCUUCGGCUCCGUAG